AACCCGGAGCGACACCAGACACACAAUCGCCUUCCAGCACAACACCGGACGACGACGAUCUCUACAUCUACUACAUUGACAAGUCUGGUAAGAGGAGAAGACGACCUCGACCUCGUAAAACACCAUCAGACACACCAACCAGCUCGACACCAGUCACCGGUUCAGUGAAACAACCCGGAGCGACACCAGACACACAAUCGCCUUCCAGCACAACACCGGACGACGACGAUCUCUACAUCUACUACAUUGACAAGUCUGGUAAGAGGAGAAGACGACCUCGACCUCGUAAAACACCAUCAGACACACCAACCAGCUCGACACCAGUCACCGGUUCAGUGAAACAACCCGGAGCGACACCAGACACACAAUCGCCUUCCAGCACAACACCGGACGACGACGAUCUCUACAUCUACUACAUUGACAAGUUUGGUAAGAGGAGAAGACGACCUCGACCUCGUACAACACCAUCAGACACACCAACCAGCUCGACACCAGUCACCGGUUCAGUGAAACCCCUAACCACUGAUGUUGAUUAUUACGAAAAUUAUGAAGAUAUAUCUACCACAAUUGGAGUAAAGAAAAUUUCGAAACGAACUACAAAUUCAAUAGAUCAGUUCAAGCCAAUUAUGAGGAAAACUAUUAUAUACAAAGAAAAACCUUCAUCAAAUUCAUCAGAUGAUUAUUAUGAUGAAGUGGUUGAAACAACAUGGGUUGUUAAAUUGGGUGAUAAAAAUAUAACUGAUAAAGAUCUACUCAAUUAUCUUAACAAUCAAACAAAAGAUGAAGAUUUAUUUGAGCGUAAGAAUGGAAGUAAAAAUUCAGAUGAAAGCUCAAUAGAAACGGAAACUUCCUGGUUUACAAUGGGUAGAAAAAAUAAUCUAACAGAGAAAGAUAUUAUGAAGUUCUUUGAUGAUCAACUAGACUUAGUCGACCUGUUAAAAACAGUUUUACCAACUGGAAAAGAAAAAACACCUCCACGUAA